AUGCUUUGCGAAAGUGUCUGUUCAUAUGUGGUGCACAAGAGAUGUCAUGAAUUCGUGGCAUUCAAGUGCCCGGGAGUUGAUAAGGGAGUCGAUUCAGACGACGCCCGAACCAAACAUCACUUCAUUGUACACACGUAUACAUCGCCCACAUUUUGCGACCACUGCGGGUCACUUCUGUACGGACUCAUACACCAGGGCUACAGAUGUCGAGCGUGCGAUAUGAAUGUGCACAAGAAAUGUCAGGAUUCUGUUCCUAAUCUGUGCGGAUGUGAUCACACGGAGAGGAGAGGAAGGAUUGAACUGAAAGUCUAUUCAAAUCUAAACAAACUGUUCUGCGAAGUAAAACAGGCCAAGAAUCUCAUUCCUAUGGACCCCAACGGGUUGUCCGACCCGUACGUCAAAUGCAAACUAAUCCCAGACAACGGAGAGAGUAUGAAACGCAAGACGCGAACCAUUAAAGCCAAUCUGAACCCCACGUGGGCCGAGACACUCAGCUUUGAUCUCAAACCCGACGAUAAGGACCGGCGGUUAUUAGUGGAGGUGUGGGAUUGGGACAGAACUUCGAGGAAUGACUUCAUGGGUGCCCUUUCUUUCGGUAUCUCUGAGAUCAUUAAAAAGGAGGCCAACGGUUGGUUCAAAUUAUUGACCCAAGAAGAGGGCGAGUACUACAACGUACCGGUGCCCGCG